AUGUCUGGCGAGUUCAUACUAGGCCCCGACGCCUACAAGGCAGGAAGGAAGUCGCUCAAGUCCUUAGUGUCCCACAGUAGAGAUCAGAAUGGCCCAGACGCCCAUGAGCCUGUUUUCGUCAUCAUCAAUACCAAAAUCCAGCUUGCCAAAGCCAAGGACUAUACUCCGAGAAUCAUACCAAUAACGCACAAGCUCAGCAAGCUAGAAACCAAGUCGGUUCUUUUGGUGACCAAGGAUCCCUCGACACCCUACCGUGACGCCUUGCAGAAGAAAGAGUCCCCCACCGAAGAUGUGUUCAACCAAAUCUACACGCUAGCCAAGCUCAAGUCAUUGUCGAGAGACCCCAAGAAGUUGUAUAAGCUCUUCAAGGAGUUUGACAUCGUGGUAUCCGACCAUAGAGUGCACAAGUUCUUGCCCAACAUCCUUGGCUCCACAUUCUACGUCAAGAACAAGAAGGUUCCGUUCAUGAUCCAAAUGGCUAAACCCGAUCCAGACGCCAAGUUGACCGUGGGCAAGAAAUCCACCAAGUUGAAGGACGACAGGUGUGAGCCCAAAUAUGUCAGGGCCCAAAUGAAAGCAAUUGUGGGAAACACGUACUUCAUACCUCCAGUUAAUGGUAACUGUUUGUCCAUCAAGGUGGGAUACACCUCCUUUUCCGACAAGGAACUAAUCCAAAAUAUCGACGAUGUUUUGCAAUACUUGGUGCAGGAGAAGUUCCAGCCUGUUGGGGGGUUGUUGAGGAGCACUAGUAACAUUGGAGGUGUGUACGUCAAAACUGGUGAUAGUAUCAGUUUGCCUGUGCUUGUGGCAGAGAAAAAGGAGGAGGAAGAGGAGGCAGACAGUGAUUUUGACUUCUAUCACAUUAUGGAAGGGGCUUCCCAGAACCCCGUAGGCAGCUCGAAUGCCGCCGAAGGUGCUGAUAACACUGCCUCCCACCAAAUUGGCCAGUCAUUCAACCAUUUGGCUGCUCCAGUAGGAGAUUUUAUCCACUCAUUUCUCCAUGAUUUGGAGGAAGACGAAAUAGAACAGGUGGAACACUUCGAGUACAAGCAGGAUUUGGAGCGGAAAUUGACAGUGACGUCUGUCAUUGGCUUGGGGGUGACGCUCAUGGGCGUUCCCUUUGGUAUCUCCUCGACAUUGUGGAUCUCGUUGGUGGAUGGCGCAAACGUCACUAUCUUGUACGGAUGGCUCGUGGUGGCAUUCUUCUCCUUCUGUGUGGUGUUGAGUUUGAGUGAAAUUAUCUCGAAAUAUCCCACUGCUGGCGGUGUCUAUCAUUUCAGUGCCAUCCUCAGCAACGACAAGUACUCGUUGAUCAGCUCAUGGUUCACUGGUUGGUUCUUGUUGAUCGGAAACUGGACCUAUGCAGUCAGUAUAAUGUUUUCCGGGUCCCAGUUCAUCUUGUCGGUGUUUGGACUCAAGAACGCUUACCACAAGCAGGACGUGCUCGAGGUGUUGGGCAUUUAUUUUAUCCUAUUGACUAUCUGCGGAUUUAUCAAUUUCAAGUUCUCCAAAUACCUAGAAAGAAUCAACAAGAUUUGCAUUUUAUGGUCGAUCUACACCGUCUUGGCCAUAGACUUUUUGCUUAUCUUCUUUGCCAAAAAAACUAAUUCAAUCAAAGACAUCCUCACCACAUUCGAUAAUACCAGAUCAGGAUGGCCCGACGCUUUGGCCUUCAUGGUUGGCCUUCAGAGUUCUUCCUUUACCUUGACUGGAUAUGGAAUGUUGUUUUCCAUGACUGACGAAGUUAAGAAUCCCGAAAGAAAUAUGCCCAAGGGUGCAAUUAGUGCUAUUCUGUUAUCCACGGUUAUGGGAAUCAUUUUCAUUCUUCCUCUUCUCACCAUACUUCCCGAGCUCACUUUGUUGCUAGAUAGCAAUACUGAGAUUAUGCCCAUUGACUUGGUGUUUAAAUUGUCUACCGAGUCUUACAUUCUUUCGUUCUUGUUGGUUCUUCUUUUGAUUGGAACCGUUUUCUUUCAGUCCAUUGGCUCGUUGACCACAGCUUCAAGAACAACCUACGCAUUUGCUCGUGAUGGGGGACUUCCAUUCAAGGAGUACUGGGUUGCAGUUGACUCUAUCGAUGACUCCACUGUCCCCAAAAAUGCCUUAUUUUUGUCAAUGUUAUUUUGUGGGGUUUUGGCCUUGAUGUCAUUGGUUUCGGCCUCUGCGUUCAAUUCAUUCAUGGGUGCUUCCGUGGUAUGCUUGGCGUUAGCCAAUGGUAUUCCCAUUUUGUGUUUGAUGUUGGACAAGCGUCGGAAAAUAAAGGGUGCUCCAUUUCGGUUGAGGAAAUUGGGGUGGGUCAUCAAUAGCUUGUCGUUGGGUUGGGUGCUAUUUCUGUUUGUGAUAUUGUGUCUUCCUCCAGUAAUCAAGAAUUUAACCUGGUUCUCCAUGAAUUAUGCAUUAUUGGUUAUCUGCGCAUUUGCCGGAUUCGCUGGCUUAGGCUACAAGAGUUGGGGCAUAGGAAGCUUCCAUGGUCCUCAGAUAGACACAGACUACUUUGAAUUGAACAAUAUUGCUGGCCGUCAAACCAUCAAUGACGCAUUUGUGAUCGGAGUCGAUGAUAUGGACGUGGAUGAAGAAUCUGACCAUUCUACAAAGGAUCCAAUAGUCCCACCGAGCGAGGGCCAGUCGCUGCGACUCAGAACAGUUUCGUUUUCCGAAACCGAGUUGUCCACGGCCAGUGUGAGUGAGAGUGAAAAUGAGGUGCUAUUCGAGGCUGGCCACGAUAGCGGGCAAGAGGUGGAGCACGAGAAAGUGCCAGGAAGCCGAAUCAGUUCGGAGUCAGCCCAGGGAAGCACGGUUGAUCACAGAGAGCCCGUUAACCUGAAGGGGUACCAGCGACUCGGAUCCGAGUAGUAAUGAAAUCAUGACCACUAUACUACCAGAAGCAUUCAUUCUCACAAGCAUUCCACAACACAUGUACCUUUAUAGAUAGAAUAAAUAUUCACCUUUACUAACCAUGAAAUGAUCCAUGUGGUUGCUGUGCAGUUUUGGGCAAGGGAAAAUGCCAGCCAAAGAAAAUAAU